AUGGAGCAUAUCUCCCUAAAAUCCAAAACCACCCAACCUUUACUUACCCAGCCUCUUUACACCCAACUACCACCCCCUCCGGUUGACGAUGUCGAUGGCGAGCAGCCGGCGCCAGUCCAACAAACCCUUACCGGCCUCACGCCACAAAUAUCUAGCCUCGCUUCCGGCCCUUCGACUGAAGAUCGGAACCCUAGAACCUUGAUUCGCCUGUGCCACGGGCUGACCGUCGUUCCUACCGGAGAUGGGUCGGCGGCCAAUGACGUCGCAUCACUGGGAGGAAGCAGUUCCGGUACAGAAUCAGCGAUGGAGAAGAUGGCUCACGGCUGUCUGCUCCCGAUUCAGCCACUUCCGGGCAUCCCACCACCGAAUGCACCGGCCAGGGGGCCUGUGCAGGCGAUUCCGAGUCCGGCAGGCCAGGCAGCCAGAGUUCAACCCAACCUGCCGGCGCGUUCGAUUGCUGAGGAUUACUCUAAUUGUGAAUUUCUUAUCCGCCUCCCUGGAUACUGCCCAAUGCCUGCAUUCCGGGAUUCAAUUGAUGUGCCUUUGGUAGUCAGGAGAUUGCACAAGUCCCGUGAGGAGGUAAGGAAAGAACUUGGAAUUGGAGAGGAUGUGAAGGUUGUUAUUCUCAACUUUGGUGGACAGUCACUAUUUGCAGCCGUCCGGCUGGACAUUAAAGGAAGAGUACCUGCCUCCUGGUUGGCUUUGCCUGGUGUCUUAUACUUUACUGUUGGGUGCUUGGUUUGUGGUUCUUCUGAAAAUCAGAACCUUCCUCCAAAUUUUGUAAAGCUAGCAAAAGAUUCGUAUACCCCUGAUCUGAUUGCUGCAUCUGAUUGCAUGCUUGGAAAAAUUGGAUAUGGAACGGUCAGUGAGGCCUUGGCAUACAAGGUACCAUUUGUCUUUGUGCGUAGAGACUACUUCAAUGAAGAACCAUUUCUGAGAAACUUGCUUGAGUUCUAUCAAGGUGGUGUUGAGAUGAUUAGACAGGAUUUACUCACUGGACACUGGAGUCCAUAUCUUGAACGUGCAGUUGGUCUGAAACCAUGCUAUGAGGGGGGCACUAAUGGUGGAGAGGUUGCAGCUCAUAUAUUGAUGGGUGCAGUCUCUGGAAAAACCAUACAUCAGAUAAGGGAAGAGCAGAUGGAAAGUGGAGGCAUUUGUGUUAGUCUUUUGGUAAUUCUUUCACAGUGUCUAUCUCCUUUUUCAUUCAAGUUAGGGGAGAGAGUUCUUCGAAAAUGUGCUUCUAAACUCAAGCCAUAUCUCCAAGAAGCAGUGAGCUGCGUGGACAUUUCUUUUGGAGAGUACACUAAUAUAGUUGCAUCUAUAUGCCAGGGUGCAACUCAAAGGGAAAAUAUGGUUGUGUUUCUCUUCUAG